AUGCCCGCCCUGCGCCCCUCUCCGCUGUGGGCGCUGCUGGCACUGUGGCUGUGCCGCGCGGCCCCGGCGCGUGCAUUGCAAUGUCGGGAUGGCUAUGAGCCCUGUGUAAAUGAAGGAAUAUGUGUUACCUACCACAAUGGUACAGGAUACUGCAAAUGUCCGGAGGGCUUCCUGGGAGAAUACUGUCAACAUCGAGACCCCUGUGAGAAGAAUCGCUGCCAGAAUGGUGGGACGUGUGUGGCCCAGGCUAUGUUGGGGAAAGCUGCGUGCCGAUGUGCCCUGGGCUUCACGGGCGAGGACUGCCAGUACUCCACUACUCACCCCUGCUUCGUGUCUCAGCCCUGCCUGAACGGAGGCACCUGCCACGUGCUUGGCCGGGACACCUAUGAGUGCACCUGCCAAGUUGGCUUUACAGGUAAACUGUGCCAGUGGACUGAUGCCUGCCUGUCCCACCCCUGUGCAAAUGGAAGUACCUGCACCACUGUGGCCAACCAGUUCUCCUGCACAUGCCUCGCAGGCUUCACGGGGCAGAAAUGUGAGACUGACGUCAAUGAGUGUGAUGUUCCAGGGCAGUGCCAGCACGGGGGCACCUGCCUCAACCUCCCGGGUUCCUAUCAGUGCCAGUGCCCCCAGGGCUUCACAGGCCGGCACUGCGACAGUCCCUACGUGCCCUGUGCGCCCUCCCCCUGUGUCAACGGGGGCACCUGCCGCCAGACCGGUGAUUUUUCCUUUGAGUGCAGCUGCCUUCCAGGUUUUGAAGGAGUCACCUGUGAGCGGAACAUAGAUGACUGUCCUAACCACAAGUGUCAGAAUGGAGGGGUUUGUGUGGAUGGGGUCAAUACGUACAACUGCCGCUGUCCCCCUCAGUGGACAGGACAGUUCUGCACAGAAGAUGUGGAUGAGUGCCUGCUGCAACCCAAUGCCUGUCAGAACGGGGGCACCUGUACCAACCGCAAUGGGGGCUACGGCUGUGUGUGUGUGAAUGGCUGGAGCGGGGACGACUGCAGUGAGAACAUCGAUGAUUGUGCCUUCGCCUCCUGCACCCCGGGCUCUACCUGCAUCGAUCGUGUGGCCUCCUUCUCUUGUAUGUGCCCAGAAGGAAAGGCAGGUCUCUUAUGUCAUCUGGAUGACGCGUGCAUCAGCAACCCCUGCCACAAGGGGGCGCUGUGUGACACCAACCCUCUGAAUGGACAGUAUAUUUGCACCUGCCCACAAGGCUACAAAGGAAGUGAUUGUACAGAAGAUGUGGAUGAAUGUGCCAUGGCCAACAGCAAUCCUUGUGAGCAUGCAGGAAAAUGUGUGAACACAGAUGGUGCCUUCCACUGUGAGUGUCUGAAGGGCUAUGCAGGACCUCGUUGUGAGAUGGACAUCAAUGAGUGCCACUCAGACCCCUGCAAGAAUGACGCCACCUGUCUGGAUAAGAUCGGAGGCUUCACAUGUCUGUGCAUGCCAGGUUUCAAAGGUGUGCAUUGUGAGUUGGAGAUAAAUGAAUGUCAGAGCAACCCUUGUGUGAACAAUGGACAGUGUGUGGAUAAAGUCAAUCGCUUCCAGUGUCUGUGUCCGCCUGGAUUCACGGGGCCAGUUUGCCAGAUCGAUAUUGACGACUGUUCUAGUACUCCAUGUCUGAAUGGGGCAAAGUGUAUAGAUCACCCGAAUGGUUAUGAGUGCCAGUGUGCCACAGGAUUCACUGGUGUGUUGUGUGAGGAGAACAUCGACAACUGUGACCCUGAUCCUUGCCACCACGGCCAGUGUCAGGAUGGCAUUGAUUCCUACACCUGCAUCUGCAAUCCGGGCUACAUGGGUGCCAUCUGCAGUGACCAGAUAGAUGAAUGCUAUAGCAGCCCUUGCCUGAAUGAGGGUCGCUGCAUCGACCUGGUGAAUGGUUACCAGUGCAACUGCCAGCCAGGCACGUCAGGUGUUAAUUGUGAAAUCAAUUUUGAUGACUGUGCAAGUAACCCAUGUGUCCAUGGAGUCUGUAUGGAUGGCGUUAAUCGUUACAGCUGUGUUUGCUCACCAGGAUUCACAGGGCAGAGAUGUAACAUUGACAUUGAUGAGUGUGCCUCCAAUCCCUGUCGCAAGGGUGCAACGUGCAUCAAUGAUGUGAACGGUUUCCGCUGUAUCUGCCCUGAGGGGCCCCACCAUCCCAGCUGCUAUUCACAGGUGAACGAGUGCCUAAGCAAUCCCUGUGUCCACGGAAACUGCACUGGGGGCCUCACUGGAUACAAGUGCCUCUGUGAUGCAGGCUGGGUUGGCAUCAACUGUGAAGUGGACAAAAAUGAAUGUCUUUCUAAUCCCUGCCAGAACGGGGGAACUUGUGACAAUCUGGUGAAUGGAUACAGGUGCACUUGCAAGAAGGGCUUUAAAGGCUAUAACUGCCAGGUGAAUAUUGAUGAAUGUGCUUCGAAUCCAUGUCUGAACCAAGGAACCUGCUUUGAUGAUGUAAGCGGUUAUACUUGCCACUGUGUGCUGCCAUACACAGGCAAGAACUGUCAGACCAUAUUGGCUCCCUGUUCCCCAAACCCUUGUGAGAAUGCUGGUAUUUGCAAAGAGGCACCAAAUUUUGAGAGUUACACCUGCCUGUGUGCUCCUGGCUGGCAAGGUCAGCGAUGUACCAUCGACAUUGAUGAGUGUGUCUCCAAGCCCUGCAUGAACCAUGGUCUCUGCCAUAACACCCAGGGCAGCUACAUGUGCGAAUGUCCGCCAGGCUUCAGUGGCAUGGACUGUGAGGAGGACAUUGAUGACUGCCUUGCCAAUCCUUGCCAGAAUGGAGGUUCCUGUGUAGAUGGAGUGAAUACUUUCUCCUGCCUGUGCCUUCCGGGCUUCACUGGGGAUAAGUGUCAGACAGACAUGAAUGAGUGUCUGAGUGAGCCCUGUAAGAACGGAGGGACCUGCUCUGACUAUGUCAACAGUUACACCUGCAAGUGCCCGGCGGGCUUUGGCGGAGUCCACUGUGAGGACGACAUCGACGAGUGCACCGAGAGCUCCUGUUUCAAUGGUGGCACGUGUAUAGAUGGGAUUAACUCCUUCUCUUGCUUGUGCCCUGUGGGCUUCACCGGUUCCUUCUGCCUCCAUGAGAUCAAUGAAUGCAACUCUCAUCCAUGCCUGAAUGAAGGAGUAUGUGUUGAUGGCCUGGGUACCUACCGCUGCAUCUGCCCAUUGGGCUACACUGGAAAAAACUGUCAGACCCUGGUGAACCUCUGUAGUCGGUCUCCCUGUAAAAACAAAGGCACCUGCAUUCAGGAUAAAGCAGAGUCGCGGUGUCUGUGUCCGUCUGGGUGGGCUGGCGCUUACUGCGAUGUGCCCAGCGUCUCCUGUGAGGUGGCGGCCUCCCACAGAGGGGUGCCCGUUGACCGCUUGUGCCAGCACUCAGGCGUCUGCAUCAGUGCGGGCAACUCGCAUCACUGCCAGUGCCCCCUGGGCUACACCGGAAGCUACUGUGAGGACCAGCUUGAUGAGUGCUCGUCCAAUCCCUGCCAGCACGGCGCCACCUGCCGGGACUUCAUUGGUGGAUACAGAUGUGAGUGUGUCCCUGGAUAUCAGGGUGUCAACUGCGAGUAUGAAGUGGAUGAGUGCCAGAACCAGCCAUGCCAGAAUGGAGGCACCUGUAUUGACCUUGUGAACCACUUCAAGUGCUCCUGCCCACCAGGCACUCGGGGCCUGCUUUGUGAAGAGAACAUUGACGACUGUGCCAGGGGCCCCCACUGCCUUAAUGGUGGCCAGUGUGUAGACAGGAUUGGGGGCUACAGUUGUCGCUGCUUGCCAGGCUUUGCUGGAGAGCGCUGUGAGGGGGACAUCAACGAGUGCCUGUCCAACCCCUGCAGCUCUGAGGGCAGCCUGGACUGCAUACAGCUCACCAACGACUACCUGUGUGUCUGCCGCAGCACCUUCACUGGUCGUCACUGUGAAACGUUCGUCGACGUGUGUCCCCAGAUGCCUUGCCUGAAUGGAGGCACUUGUGCUGUGGCCAGCAACAUGCCUGAUGGUUUCAUCUGCCGUUGUCCCCCGGGCUUCUCUGGGGUGCGGUGCCAGAGCAGCUGCGGACAGGUGAAGUGCAGAAGAGGGGAGCAGUGUGUGCACACAGCAUCGGGCCCCCGCUGCUUCUGCCCCAACCCCCAGGACUGUGACUCGGGCUGCGCCAGUAGCCCCUGCCAGCAUGGGGGGAGCUGCUACCCUCAGCGCCAGCCUCCGUACUACUCGUGCCAGUGUGCCCCGCCGUUCCGGGGCAGCCACUGUGAACUCUACACCGCCCCCACCAGCACCCCUCCCGCCACCUGCCUGAGCCAGUAUUGUGCCGACAAAGCUCGGGACGGCAUCUGCGAUGACGUGUGCAACAGCCAUGCCUGCCAGUGGGAUGGGGGAGACUGUUCCCUCACCAUGGAGGACCCCUGGGCCAACUGCUCCUCCCCGCUGCCCUGCUGGGAGUACAUCAACAACCAGUGCGACGAGCUGUGCAACACGGCCGAGUGCCUGUUUGACAACUUUGAAUGCCAGAAGAGUAGCAAGACAUGCAAAUAUGACAAAUACUGUGCAGACCACUACGAAGACAACCAUUGUGACCAGGGUUGCAACAGUGAGGAGUGUGGCUGGGAUGGGCUGGACUGUGCUGCUGACCGGCCGGAAAACCUGGCAGAGGGUACCCUGGUCAUCGUGGUGCUGAUGCCACCAGAACAACUGCUCCAGGAUGCCCGCAGAUUCCUGCGGGCACUGGGCACCCUGCUCCACACCAACCUCCGCAUCAAACGGGACGCCCAGGGGGAGCUCAUGGUCUACCCCUAUUAUGGUGGGAAGUCAGCUGCCAUGAAGAAGCAGAGAGUGACACGCAGGUCCCUUCCUGGAGAUCAAGAACAGGAAGUGGCUGGCUCUCAGGUAUUUCUGGAGAUUGACAACCGCCAGUGUGUUCAAGACUCAGACCAGUGCUUUAAGAACACAGAUGCAGCAGCAGCUCUUCUGGCUUCUCACGCCAUCCAGGGGACCCUGUCGUACCCACUUGUGUCUGUCGUCAGUGAAUCUCUGAUCCCAAAACGCACUCAGCUUCUCUAUCUGCUUGCCGUUGCUGUCGUCAUUAUCUUGUUUAUUAUCCUGCUGGGGGUUAUCAUGGCAAAGCGGAAGCGCAAGCAUGGCUCCCUCUGGCUGCCCGAAGGGUUCACCCUUCGCCGUGACUCCAGCAACCACAAACGUCGUGAGCCGGUGGGCCAGGAUGCUGUGGGCCUCAAAAAUCUCUCAGUGCAAGUCUCAGAGGCUAACCUAAUUGGUUCUGGAACAAGUGAACACUGGGUUGACGAUGAAGGGCCCCAGCCUAAGAAAGCCAAGGCUGAAGAUGAGGCUUUGCUCUCAGAAGAAGAUGACCCCAUCGAUCGGCGUCCAUGGACACAGCAGCACCUGGAAGCUGCAGACAUCCGUAGAACCCCAUCGCUGGCUCUCACUCCUCCACAGGCAGAGCAGGAGGUGGAUGUGCUGGAUGUGAAUGUCCGCGGUCCAGAUGGGUGCACCCCACUGAUGCUGGCUUCUCUCCGAGGAGGCAGCUCAGACAUGAGUGAUGAAGAUGAAGAUGCAGAGGACUCUUCUGCCAACAUCAUCACGGACUUAGUGUACCAGGGUGCCAGCCUUCAAGCACAGACAGACCGGACGGGUGAGAUGGCCCUGCAUCUCGCAGCCCGGUACUCAAGGGCAGAUGCUGCCAAGCGUCUCCUGGAUGCAGGUGCAGAUGCCAAUGCCCAGGACAACAUGGGCCGCUGCCCUCUCCACGCCGCAGUGGCCGCGGACGCCCAAGGGGUCUUCCAGAUUCUGAUCCGCAACCGAGUAACUGAUCUAGAUGCCAGGAUGAAUGAUGGCACUACACCCCUGAUCCUGGCUGCCCGCCUGGCUGUGGAGGGAAUGGUGGCAGAACUAAUCAACUGCCAAGCAGAUGUGAAUGCAGUGGAUGACCAUGGAAAAUCUGCCCUUCACUGGGCAGCUGCUGUGAAUAAUGUGGAGGCAACCCUUUUGCUGUUGAAAAAUGGGGCCAACCGGGACAUGCAGGACAACAAGGAGGAGACACCCCUGUUUCUUGCUGCCCGGGAGGGGAGCUAUGAAGCAGCCAAGAUCCUGUUAGACCAUUUUGCCAAUCGGGACAUCACAGACCACAUGGAUCGUCUUCCCCGGGACGUGGCCCGGGACCGCAUGCACCACGACAUCGUGCGCCUGCUGGACGAGUACAACGUGACCCCCAGCCCUCCCGGCACAGUGCUGACUUCUGCGCUCUCACCCGUCAUCUGUGGGCCCAACAGACCUUUUCUCAGUCUGAAGCAUACCCCAAUGGGCAAGAAGUCUAGACGGCCUAACACCAAGAGUGCCGUGCCCACUAGCCUCCCUAACCUUGCCAAGGAGGCCAAGGAUGCCAAGGGGAACAGGAGGAAGAAGUCUCUGAGUGACAAGGGCCAGCUGUCCGAGAGCUCAGUGACUCUGUCCCCCGUCGAUUCCCUAGAAUCUCCCCACACAUAUGUUUCUGACACCACCUCCUCUCCAAUGAUCACAUCUCCCGGAAUCUUACAGGCCUCCCCCAACCCCAUGCUGGCCACUGCCACCCCCGCUGCCCCAGUCCAUGCACAGCAUGCACUGUCUUUCUCUAACCUUCAUGAGAUGCAGCCCUUGGCUCAUGGGGCCAACACUGUGCUUCCCUCGGUGAGCCAGCUGCUGUCCCACCACCACAUUGUGCCCCCAGGCAGCAGCACUGCAGGGAGCUUGGGUAGGCUACAUCCAGUCACUGUCCCGGCUGACUGGAUGAACCGCGUGGAGAUGAAUGAGAGCCAGUACAACGAGAUGUUCGGUAUGGUCCUGGCUCCAGCUGAGGGCACCCACCCUGGCAUAGCUCCCCAGAGCAGGCCGCCCGAAGGGAAGCAUUUAACCACCCCCCGAGAGCCCUUGCCCCCCAUUGUGACUUUCCAGCUCAUCCCCAAAGGCAGCAUUGCCCAACCAACUGGGGCUGCCCAGCCUCCAUCCAACUGCCCUCCAGCCGUUGCAGGCACCCUGCCCACCAUGUAUCAGAUUCCAGAAAUGGCUCGCUUACCCAGUAUGGCUUUUCCCACUGCCAUGAUGCCCCAGCAGGACGGGCAGGUUGCUCAGACCAUUCUCCCAGCCUAUCACCCCUUCCCAGCCUCUGUGGGCAAGUAUCCCACACCCCCGUCACAGCAUAGCUAUGUUUCCUCCAAUGCUGCUGAGAGAACGCCCAGUCACAGUGGUCACCUCCAGGGUGAGCAUCCCUACCUGACACCGUCCCCAGAGUCUCCUGACCAGUGGUCAAGUUCAUCACCCCACUCUGCUUCUGACUGGUCAGAUGUAACCACCAGCCCCACUCCUGGGGGCGCUGGAGGAGGUCAACGGGGACCUGGGACACACAUGUCUGAGCCACCACGCAGCAACAUGCAGGUCUAUGCAUGA